UCCUCGCUUCGCUACCCCGCCAUCUUUCCUCUGCUGGUGAACUUAGGAGGAGGAGGAAGAAGAGAGGUAGAGAGGUAGGUGGAGAUGGAUGUGACAGGGGCGGUGAGGAAGUCGGCGGCGGCGGAGGUGGGGAUACAAAUGCCGGAGGCGGCGAAGGCGUCGGCAGUGGCCGCCGACUCCGGGACAAUGAGCGGGCCCCUGGUGCCUGUGACAGGGGGAAAAGACCACCGGGCGGCCGCCGCGAUGGGGUGGGACACGGUGGCGGUGGGCGUACGGCUGGCCACGGUCUUGUCGUCGCUGCUGUCACUUAGCAUAAUGGUGACGGCGGAGCAGCGCGGGAGCCUCUCGGUCUUCGGCAUCCAAAUCCCGCUCUACUCCAAGUGGUCCUUCUCCGACUCUUUCGAGUAUUUGGUGGGGAUCUUGGCGGCAGUGGCGGCGCAUUCGCUGCUGCAGCUUCUGUUGAGCUUGAGGAAGCUGGCGCAGGGGUUGCCUGUGAUCCCCUCCCACAGCCAUGCGUGGAUCAUUUUCGCAGGUGAUCAGGUGUUUGCAUAUGCGAUGAUGAGCGCGGGUUCUGCUGCCACCGGAGUGACCAAUCUGAACCGCACAGGGAUCCGGCAUGCACUGAUUCCUGACUUCUGUAAGCCCUUGCAUAGCUUCUGCAACCACAUGGCCAUCUCCAUAAGCUUAGCUUUCCUCAGCUGCCUCUUUCUAGCUAUCUCUGCUGUAUUAGAUGUACUGUGGUUGUCCAAGUAUUGAUGUGUUAUAAGAACCAACAACAUCUUCUUCUACUUGUGCACUUGUUUCAGAAUGAAUAAAACUACACGUGUGAAAUGCUCA